AACAGGCAUCUCUGUAGAUUAGAUUCGAAGAAAGAAGCUCCGUGCAAGGAGGAAGAUACCGGUUGUUAAUGUAGCCUCCGUUCAGCAGAUUGUUGUGCAGCGGGUGAGUAUGGGUGGAGUGUCCCCUGUGAAGAGUCCCAAUAAGUUGGUCCCUGUGUCCUCCAAGUCACCCACCAAAAUUGCCCCAGCCCCUCCUUCCACACAGCAGAUUUUAACUCAAGUGAGCAGUGGUGGAGCUAUGAGGAACAUUCUUUCAAGUCCUCAGAAGAUUGUCAUAAAGAGCAAUAUUCCUCAACCUGGACAGGGGACAGUGAGCACCGUCCGGAGUGGCCAGAUUGUCACUUCUGGGGGACAGCAGGUCAUCAAGAUUCCAGCCAAUCAAGUGCAGCAACUGACAGCACAGCAGCAAAAUGUGCAAGUUCUCUCCAAUAAGGGGAACAAGCAGCGGGUGAUCAUCCCAGUGUCCGGCUCAGGCUCGUCCAAUGUGUCAGGUGGGAUGCCUCAGACCAACCUGACCCUCCCAGCCUCUGCCCUGCCCCCAGGAGUCCUUUCCAACACCCAGCCAGGUUCAGUGGUUAUGAUCCCAGCUCACUACAUGUCACAGCUUCAGUCAAACACUACAAGCAACAGCACAAUUCAAGCAUCAAACCAGAUUCCUCCAGGAACCAUCAUCCCACACACCACAAAGCCACAGCCUUCUCGCACAAUCAUUGAUGCAAAUGGGAUCAGACCAAGAAAACCUUGCAACUGUAAAAAGAGCCAGUGUCUUAAAUUAUACUGUGAUUGCUUUGCAAAUGGAGAAUUUUGCAACAACUGUAAUUGUGCAAACUGUUCCAACAAUUUAAAUCAUGAGGAGGAUAGACAGAAAGCAAUCAAGGCAUGUUUGGAUAGAAAUCCCCAAGCUUUCCGGCCAAAGAUUGGCAAAGGUGGAAGCGAUAAUGAAAGGAGACACAACAAAGGCUGCAACUGUAAGCGGUCUGGGUGCCUGAAGAACUACUGUGAAUGUUAUGAGGCAAAGAUCCCAUGCUCCAACAUGUGCAAGUGUGUGGGCUGCAAGAAUGUGGACAUGACACCAGCACUGGAGAGGAAGGGACUGAUGCAGCUGGCCAAAUGUGCUGAAGCACGGGUCAAUCAGCAGAAGGCCGUUAAAUCAAAAUUACCUUCAUUCUCACAUCACUCACCCAAUAAAAUGAUUCUUCCUACCACUUCAAAAUCUGGUUACUAUCGAAUGAACAAGGAGGUGGUGGAGGCAACAUGCCAGUGUUUGCUAGCACAGGCAGACAAGGCAGAGGGAGCCUUGGUGUCAGCUGCUCAGUUGGAACAAACUGUCAUCUCAGAGUUCUCACGAUGCCUAAUGCAGAUCAUUGGCAGCUACACGUCACGAUCUAGAGUUGUGAAGGAGAAUGUCAGUCUGGUAAUAUCUCGCCAGCUGCUCUCAGACGUCUCUACGCAACUCACAUCCAUGGCUGAUGGUGUGGCAAAGACAGUAGCCCACUUCACUCUUGAUAAAGUUCAGCCUCAAGUCAUCAGCUUUAAGGAACAAGUGGCCAGCAUCAGGCAACACCUUGCUGACAUAUAUGAGAGGGAGAGUUCCUGGAGAGAAGCAGCAGCUGUUCUUACUGGAAUUCCUCUCGAAACAGGACAGAAGCAGUACAGUGUUGACUAUAAGCUGGAAACCUACCUCAAGAUUGCCCGCCUCUAUCUGGAGGAUGAUGACCCAGUGCAGGGAGAGGCAUAUAUUAACAGAGCCAGCAUCCUGCAGGCAGAGUCCAAGAAUGAACAGCUGCUCAUCUACUACAAAGUUUGUUAUGCAAGAGUUGAUUACCGACGGAAGUUCAUAGAGGCAGCCCAGAGGUACAAUGAGUUGUCUUACCGACCCAUCAUUCAUGAGGAUGAGAGGAUGGAAGCUUUGAAGAAGGCUCUCAUCUGUACUGUCUUAGCUUCAGCAGGCCAGCAGCGAUCCAGGAUGCUGGGGACGCUGUUCAAGGAUGAGCGUUGCCAAAAGCUGCCCUGUUAUCAUAUCCUGGAGAAGAUGCACCUUGACAGGAUCAUCCGCCACAAUGAACUCACAGAAUUUCAGAACAUGCUGCAGCCACAUCAGCAGGCCACCACAUCAGAUGGGUCUACCAUUCUGGACAGAGCUGUUACAGAACACAACCUGCUGGCAGCUAGCAAGCUUUAUAACAACAUAACAUUCUCUGAACUUGGGGCUCUCCUUCAAAUAUCUCCAGCAAAAGCUGAGAAAAUAGCCAGCCAGAUGAUUACUGAGGGACGCAUGAAUGGGUACAUUGAUCAGAUUGAUGGCAUCCUCCACUUUGAGGCACGUGAUGUCCUUCCUCAGUGGGAUAAGCAGAUCCAGUCUCUCUGUUUCCAAGUGAAUGGCAUCAUUGAAAAAAUCAAUAUUGCACAUCCAGAAUGGGUGGCUAAGGUUAUGGAUGAACAAAUGAUGCAAUGAUAGAACAAAUUCCAGACUAGUGUUAUAAUUUGUUCCAGUAAGUAUGCAGGAUCAAGAGUUAUGGCAUGUGAAUUUGCAACAUGUGUUCUGGUUUACAUUUUUGAGUAUUACACUAAAGAUAGAUGUAAGAAAAUUACAGAAUAUUUGAAGUGCAAGAUAAAGAAGCUCAAUAAAAUUAUUGAACCAUAAAAUUCAUCCUCUUAACUACAGCUAAUGCCUAUGAUACAGGUUGGACAGGAAGACUAAGGUUAUCAGCCCAUCACUACCACUGUCAUACCUUUUGCCCCUUCAUCCUGUCUGUCCUACCUCCCAUCACCUGCAUGUGGUUUGGUGUACAUACAUGUCUACUCUCACAACUGACCCUUGUAGGCUCCACAAACUGAUGGUACUUACAGGUGACUUGUUCUGUUACUUACCUUCUAAUCCAGCAGCAAGAUGUAGGAUGCUGUGUGCUCGGUGUUAAAUGUAUGUGUGUGUGCGUGCGCGCUUGCACCAGCGUGAUCUGGUAAGGUGAAAGGUGCGUUUUUGAAAGUUGCCAUGCUCCUCUCACCAUCUUCCUCCAGUCAGUGUUGUAAAUGUGAUGUUCACUACUUUACUGUCAAGGUGAUGUAAUUAAAGAAUGCUGAUUACAGUGAAUAUGCUAAUGAGAGGCAACCCUUUCAUAAAUCUGCUGCGGGUGGUCCUAAUGAAGCGUAACCCUGCAAACUUUCGCAGGGGAAAGAAAAUGUUCUCCGAAAAGUAGCCAUAGUAUAACUAAGGGAAGAGAGAAAGAAGAAGAAAAAAAAAGUACUUCAAGAAGCAUCAGGAGGCAGACCAUGGAAGCAGGCAAGACAGAGGGUGAAGGCUAGGAAGGCUUAUUAGGCGGGUGGGAGAGCGCGAUGGCUCGGUGGGAUUGACUGAUCCUGUGGGAUGUACUGAUGCCUUCCCUUUGCCUUUCUCUGUACCAUCAGUCCCGGGACUCAGGCUCUGCGUCUCACGAGGAAGGUAUAAAGUCUUAAUUGGUGUCUUAUGGUACGUGCACUGAGAAAGGUGGUUUCCCCGCGUGAGCAAGGCUUUCUAGACUUGGCACACGUGUGUAGCAUACACGGUGCCGGGUCAUGGACAGUAAAAAGUCGAAAUGUGUGAAAGUGGAAUUAAUCUGUCACUCGAACCGUAGAAAAAAACACUUAUCUUCAAUUAGAGCCUUUUAAAUGUAGUCUUAUUAAUCUGUCACUAGAACCGUAAAAAGACCCUUAAAAAACAAUGUAGCUUCAACUAGACCUUUGGAAAAUAGAAAUCAUGAUAAUCUGUCAUUAUAGCCGUUAAAAAAGAAAAAAAAACUUAACCCAUGUAACUUAAACUAGGUCCUUUGAAUGUAGUGGAGGUGCGGCACAGAAGUCUUUCAGAAUAAUGGUCGUGGAGCUGCGACACUGCCAGGUAAAUGAUUCAAGAAGUUAGGUGUUUGCCGUAUGACCCGAUGCUAUUACUUGCUUUGGUGACGCCAGAUUAACACUGAAGGCCGUAUUCUUAAUCUUAAGGAAUCGGCAACGACCUGAUGAUGAUGAUACACACACACACACACACAUUUUCCUACCAUCUACUGCGCUUAUAGCAUUUCAUCUGUUAUAUUUGUUUAUUUUUGUAAUUUAAUUUUCUAUUAUUUUUCAAUUGAGUGUUGUAAGGGCUUCCCACAAGUAGACUCUACUUACCUUUCAGCUGGCUUAUCCACCUACUAUCUCUAAUAGUGCCCGUCCCUUAUGCCAGGACGCAGGGCUCCCUGUGCACUCCAUCAUUACAGAUUCACUCUAUCCCUCGUGUUUGCGUAUACCUUUCUCUUCCUUCCAGUGAGGUAGUCAGCCUGAGGGUCCUGUAUUCAGCACAUCUUUUGUCGUGUUCUAUAAAUUUGCACUUUAAUUGCA